UUUUUUAUUUUUUAAAAAAUGUCAAUAAACAAACUUUCACAAAAUAUCAUAGAAUGCAUUGCACUUUAUUUAAAUCCAAGGGAUAUAAUUGAAUUAAGUUCAAGUUCAAGAAGAUACUAUAAACUACUAUUAGAUAAUGAAAGCUUUUGGGAAAGGAAGACUGUACAUGAUUUUGGUGAUAUUUUUAAACUAUAUCAACUGUUUACAAAUUCGACAGGCUUAGAUCUGGCAGGGGAUUUAACAAAGAGAUUCAAACAAAGACCAGAGAAUUGGCUGUCAUAUUAUAUAACAAAGCAUAGCUCUAUUCAUGAAGCCGAUGAUGAAGUCCUACUGGAUCAAGCAAAUAAAGAAUAUGAGGAUUCUCGGAAAUAUUUAACUACAAUUCAAGAUGAUAUGAAUUAUUCGAUAUUAUCACAAGUUGCAUCUAAAAUGUUUUGGAUAUUAGAUAUGUUUCCAAGUCAUGCAGGCUGUUACUAUAUUCUAGGUUUUAUUUUAUUUAUUAUGAAUCAAUUAGAGGAUGCAUUGGAUAUAUUAGAUAUUGGCAGAAUGGUAGAUUCAGAAUUCGAGCCUUUUGAUGAAUUGGAAACAGAAAUAUUAUCUAUCAUGCAAGGAUAUAACGGAGAUCAUAAAGCUUUACCUUUAUUAGUGAACGAUAACCUUUCACCAGAAUUAUUAAAUGUUUUAUUCGAAAUAUUUACUAAAUUUGAUAAAGACGGUGAUGAUUGUUUAAGUCCUGAAGAACUUGAUUUCUUUGUAUUUUCAACAAAUGGACAGCAUCCACCUUCUUCGUUUAUAGAACAAAUGGGGAAACGAUUUGGUGCUAACGAGAAAGGAUGGUUAACAAAGAAGGGCUUUUUAGCCUUCUAUUUAGAGCAAACAUUGGGCGAUCCAUCAGAGACAAAAAAAGACAUUCGUGCACAUGGAUAUGAUUGCAAUCUAUUAAAAAGAAGGCUUUCAUACAACAGUAAAUUACGAUUCAUUAUUUAUAUUCAUAUAGAUAGAUAGAUAGAUAGAU